CGCUAAAUCCUACUUUGCAGCCAAACACCCCCCCUUACCCUUACCCUUGCGCGUGGCUCCAGCUCUCUGCCUCCUCGAUUGCGAAGACGAGACGUCGAAGAAAGUUGGUCUACGGGAAGAAGGAUUCAGGAUUAGGGUCCGAUUGGCAGGCUGAGAAAAGAGGGGUGAGUGUUGGAAACCUUAAGGAUGAAGUCUCCGAGGGUAAUCAGCAUCGCGGCCAGCGCGCCGAGGCUCGAUGUGGACAAUCGGAUCUCACUUCGAAACUACUACCGGAUUGCGAAUAAUCUCAUCAAGCAGGCUGACAUCUAUCGCGAGGAAAAAAAUAUAAUUGAUUUGUACGUUAUGCUGCUACGGUUUUCAAGUUUGAUCACUGAAACUAUUCCUUACCAUCGAGAUUACCAUGCAUCUCUACAAGGUGAAAAACUCAUCUUUAAGAAGAAGCUAUUACAUGUCAUGAGUGAGCUGGAGGCACUAAAGCCAGAGGUACAGCAGUGUAUUGAGGAGUUGAACCGAAAGUCUAGGAGUCAAGUUAAUAGAUGGGAUCAGAAUCAUCAAAACACUUAUGUCAAUAACUCAUUGGAGUGGCCUUCCGUUAAAAAACAAACCUUAAAAAGCGACAGUAGACUGGUAUACCGAGCUACUGGACAAAAUGGGGUCUCUAGGUUUCCAUCUAGUCAGCAAGCUGUACUACCACAGUCCAAGCAUAUGGGAGAUCAGAUUCACAAAUUAUCUCUUACAACCCUGCGGCCUAAGGAGGAAACUUUAUCAAGGCACUCUAUUUUAGGACCCAAUGGCCUUUCAGGACACUGGUUGCCACCAAGUUUCAGUCAACCGGUUCAAUAUCCAUGCAAUAUAGACUUAUCUCCUAUUGAAAUCCCAAGUUUGCCUCAGUCUAAACAAGAUGAUCCAGCUGUGAAAGAGAAUGGCACUCCUUCCCAAGAUAAUACUAUUUUAGCAGAAGUGCUCUCCUUACACGAUGGCGGAGCUUCGUUUCAUGCAGAACAACCAUCUUCAUUAAUAAGCUUUGAUGAUACAGAAGUUCCUACUAAAAUUGAUCUAAUCAGAAAUCCUUCACCUCCACCUGUUCGUGCAGAAGUAGAAGAUUUAGUUGCUAUGACAUCACAACUAUCUAAUUCGCUCGAUCAAACAUCUUUAUCUACAAAUGAGCUUGUUGGCUCUGAGUCUCCUUUAGAAGUGCACAUUUCGGUUUCAAUGAUGGAGAGCUUUCUUAGAGUGGCCAAGUCAAAUACUGAUAGACACAUUGAAACGUGUGGAGUGAUUGCUGGUUUACUUAAAAACAAAAAAUUUUUUGUAACUGCCCUUAUCAUUCCUAAACAGGAGGGAUCAACCGAUUCAUGCCAGGCUACAAAUGAAGAGGAAAUAUUUGAUUACCAGGAUAAGAAUUCGCUUUUUCCCCUUGGUUGGAUUCAUACCCAUCCUACCCAAUCUUGUUUCAUGUCUGCCAUAGAUGUCCACACGCACUAUUCCUAUCAGGUUAUGCUACCUGAAGCAAUUGCAAUUGUUAUGGCCCCAUGUGAUAGUUCAAGAAAACAUGGAAUAUUUAGGUUAACGACUCCCGGAGGCAUGUCCAUCAUCAGGAAAUGCGACCAGCGUGGCUUCCAUCCCCACCAAUCUCCGCCAGACGGCGGUCCGAUCUACGACCACUGCGCCGAUGUUUAUAUGGAUCCAUCUUUGAAGUUUGAUGUGGUUGAUCUCAGAUGAUUAGCUCUUUUCUCUUCUUCACAACUCUUGAUUCAUCUGUCAUUCUGUUCCAUUUUUUUAGUGGGUCUGUUUUUCCUGUAUAUAAACAUAUAGUUUUGUAUUGUGAAACAGAGUGAUGUCUUCGGGCUCUUAAAAGAAAAUGAUUAUUUGAAUCA